CAAAUCAUGAGAACUAUGGCAAACGUUCUUUGGAAUAUCCUGAUCUUUACAGCUUGGUUGGGUAUUACAGCUUCUGCUUUCUCGCAAAAUGACAAGGUGAGCUAAUAUGUGUAUACUCUUAUACAUGUUAGAAUUCAAGUUGUCCUUAAAAUAAUAUUCGCUUGCAUGUGGAUCUUAUUGCACAUCGAUAUACAUGGUUUCGCAACAAAAUCUUUCAAAAGAAUCCUGGCUAUAGGAAAUGUAAUAUAUGUAUUAGUGGACGUCUUUAAGGGAAACGAAAUAAUGUAAGUUUACUUUGUGUUUAAAAUUCGUAGCCGAUGAAGUAAUGUACUAGAGACAAUAGAAGGAGACUGCUAUGUUAACGAUCAAUACAGCCGGCUUGUUAUAAUAUAGCCUACUUAUGGAGAUUUUAUAUAAUUAAUUUCUAUAGCCACUAUAUAAUUUUGCCUAAUGCGCAUGCACGUAAUUAUUAUGCUUUCAUCAUAUUACAUAUAAUUCAACUAUGUGCCAUUUAAAGGUUCAAAAACUAGAACAAGAAAUCAAAAGUCAAGCAAAGAAAAUUCAAAGUCAAGAAGGAACAAUCCAAGGUAGCCAAACCAGACUGUUUUCUGUCAUGCACAACUAAUAGUUUGUCGCUUUAAUUAUUUUUGUUUGCUCAAACUCUGCUGUACAAGAAGGGCGCUUUUUCAACUUUUGGUAUGUUGAUUAUAGCAAAAAUGUAUCCUAUAUCUAGACAUAACAACAUCUAGACAAACAAGUACAUGCCAGACUCUAACAUAAUUUACUCUGCCAAGGCCGGAAUGAUGGAAGUACUUCGGCUUGUCAUUAAUAAGUUCGAAUUCGUGUCAUAAUAUUGGGGAUCUGCAUGUGGGUUAGGAGUUCAAGCCUUGUUUAUCUCUUGAGCUUUAACAGCCUGAAAAACAAAUCAGAAGCGUUGGAACUGAAUUUUGUCCAAAUUACAAACAAAGCCCUCAAACAAAUUUCUUUUCUCUACCAUAGUUGUUGUGUUUUGAAAACACAAAUCUUAUACUGUUUUCUCAAGGAUUUUCGCAAGUGAAAUUUAGAAUUUUCACAUACGAAAUUUGAGUUUCAAAUAUUCUCUCUCGUGCGAAAGUUCAUGUGUUAAAAUUAUAAAACUAUUAUUUCUCAUGGGGACUUGGAACACCGUUCAUAUCGGUAAAAAGUCAUUAUCAUAUGUGAAUUCUCAUUUAUGUUUCACAGGUAUUGUAGACAGCAUUAACCGCUUACAUCCAACAGGAUCAUGUUCAAUUUUGAAACAAAAACGGCCCUCAACUUUGAGCGGAGUGUACAAAAUAUAUCUUAGAGGUCUUACCUCGUCAGUUAAAGUACACUGUGAUAUGAGCUCGAAGAAUGGCGUUGGUGUGACCGAAAUUGGACAAGACAGUGAAUCAAGAACACGUGUGAAUGGAUACGAGGCUCCUGGUUCUUACAACCGUACGAUCAAGUACGAUUUACCGAUGGAACAGAUUGUUGCAAUUAUACAACAAUCCCAGUGGUGCGAGCAGUUUAUCAAAUAUGAAUGUUAUCAUAGCAAGAUGUGGAUCUAUUCCCAACCUUACAGUUGGUGGGUCUCGCGAAAAGGCGCGAAGAUGAAUUACUGGGGCGGAGCAGCAGUCGGCAGUGAAAAAUGUGCAUGUGGAAUGACCAACAGCUGUGCAGGAGGUGAACGGCGAUGUAACUGCGAUAAAAAUGACUUUAGAUUGCGAGAAGACAGUGGAUACUUGCGGGAUAAGGACACAUUGCCUGUUACUGAGCUGAGAUUUGGAGAAACCGGUAGUAGCUCCGAGUAUGGAUAUCACACGCUGGGAAAACUACGAUGUUGGGGUUAAUUGAUAAAAUUUACUCUAUAAUACACCAGUUUAAGGUACAGAUUAUGUAGCAUUAGUGAUGGCCUAUACAGUAUUCUACUUUAAUUAUAUGUUGGAAUAUUUAGAACAAUUUAUUCACUCUCAUUAACGGUUUUGAUUAAAUAAUAUUCACUUGUACAAUGCAUAACAUAAUAUAGCGAUUCAUUUUACAAUCUAAUAGGUGGAACAGGAGACAGUCUAAAGAAUAAUGUAGGAACUUUCAAAUGUAAAUUAUGUAAUCUUCUUAGAAAAAUCUAUGUUGGCGUGAAAGUAUGGUCAUAUUAAAUGAUAAAAUGUAAUAACAUUAGUGAUAGUUUGCAG